AUGCAGCAAGAUCAGCGCAAAAAGAGUUCCAAAGAGGCAGAUUUUUUCACGGAGUACGGGGAUGCCAACCGCUACAAAAUUCUGGAAGUCAUAGGGAAGGGGAGCUAUGGGGUUGUGUGUGCAGCAAUCGACACACAUACGGGAGAGAAAGUGGCAAUUAAGAAGAUUACAGACAUAUUUGAGCAUAUCUCUGAUGCCAUUCGAAUUUUGCGUGAGGUUAAAUUGCUGAGGCUUUUACGACAUCCAGACAUCGUUGAGAUUAAACGGAUAAUGCUGCCACCCUCAAAGAGGGAUUUUAGAGACAUUUAUGUUGUUUUUGAGCUUAUGGAAUCAGACCUUCACCAAGUCAUUAAAGCAAAUGAUGACUUGACCCACGAGCAUCACCGGUUUUUCCUUUAUCAAAUGUUGCGUGCACUGAAAUAUAUGCAUACAGCAAAUGUGUAUCAUCGAGAUCUCAAGCCAAAAAAUGUACUAGCAAAUGCAAAUUGCAAACUUAAAAUAUGCGAUUUUGGACUUGCUAGGGUUUCUUUCAGUGAUACCCCAACAACAAUAUUUUGGACGGAUUAUGUUGCUACGAGAUGGUACAGGGCCCCCGAGUUGUGUGGAUCUUUCUUCUCUAAGUAUACACCUGCAAUUGACAUUUGGAGCAUUGGCUGCAUUUUUGCCGAAGUAUUGACUGGGAGACCCUUAUUUCCAGGCAAAAGUGUCGUUCACCAGUUAGAAUUGAUUACUGAUCUUUUGGGGACACCAUCAGCUGAUAUAAUUUCGGGGGUACGUAAUGAGAAGGCAAGAAAGUAUUUGACUGAUAUGCGAAAAAAACAACCAGUUUCUUUUGCUGAGAAGUUUCCGAAUGCAGAUCCUUUGGCUCUCCAACUACUGCAGAGACUGCUAGCUUUUGAUCCAAAGGACAGGCCAACUGCUGAAGAGGCACUAGCUGAUCCUUAUUUUAAGGGUCUGGCAAAGAUUGAGAGGGAACCAUCUUGUCUGCCAAUCUCAAAGCUUGAGUUUGAGUUUGAGCGGCGAAGGUUGACAAAGGAAGACAUUAGGGAACUAAUAUUUCGGGAGAUAUUAGAAUACCAUCCGCAACUGCUGAAGGAUUACAUGGCUGGAAAUGAUGGGGCAAAUUUUCUCUAUCCUAGUGCCAUUGGUCAUUUCCGGAAGCAGUUUGCCUAUCUUGAGGAAAAUGGCGGUAAAAGUGGUCCUGUGAUCCCUCCUGAGAGGAAGCAUGUCUCUCUUCCUCGGUCUACGGUUAAUUCGAGUGUCAUACCUCCCAAAACCAAUCCGAUUCAGUCUGCUUUUGAUCGGCGGAUCAGUGAAGAAGUGUCUACCACUGGUGGUCUGUCAGAAAGCAAUACAGGCAACCUGUCUAAGGGAUUACGGCCUCCGCCACGUGUGCCCCCUGCUAAACCUGGAAGAGUAGUUGGGCCUGUUUUACCAUAUGAAAAUGUUAGAAACAACAAUGAUGCCUAUAACGGAAGAGUGUACAUUCAGAAUGCAGUGCUUCCUCCCCAGGCCAUAUCUCCACAGUAUUUCUUCAAAACACCAAACAAUGGCAAGAAUCAAGAUAAGCAGCAGCAGCAGGGAGGAGAAGCCAUUAAAGAAACCUCUCAAGCGAAAUUACUGCAGCAGCAGCAACCGCAGCAUUAUCCGCCAGCAGCCAAGUCAACUCCUGCUGUUAGUUCUGAUAUCAACAAUCACCACCACCAUCACCAUCAUCACCUUCACCACCAAACCCACCUAUAUUACCAGUCACAAGCAAAAGCCAUGCAACUAAAUAGCCAACUUGCUAUUGAUGCAAAAUUGCUGCAGGCACAAUCUCAGUUCGGAGCAGUUGGGGCUGCAGCUGUUGCUGUUGCUGCACAUAGAGAGGUUGGUAUUGUUCAGUAUGGGCUGACUUAA